CACGUACCGAGGUAGACGUUGCCAGAGUUUUCUUAUCCACCCUGUAUAAUACGAAAUAUUUCCGUGAAAUGUAAAGUCCAGCAUAAUAUCAUUAGUAAACACUGAAAAUCCACCUGCAAUAUGGAAAAUGGAUGGGUUAAUUAAUCGGUAAUUCAUUUCAAAUCUGAGAAAUACGGUGGUUAACGAUCAAAAAACUCGGCUAGUUCCGUGAGUUGUAGAACGUAUAUAUCAACGCGCGCUUGAUUUUCACAAACAUUUUCCGAGGACGGGACGAUGCGGGUCCUCCUGUGUUUGUCAACAGUGCGAAAAUUAUAGCAGCCGUUUGCAGGCAUUUUACGACAUGGAAGUGAAAUCCGUCGGCACCACAAGGCUUUUCGUUACAACUCCAGUGGAAAAUAAAGACGAUUUCGACGAGAAACUGGAAAGAAGUUACCAAUUCCUUCAGAGCACUGUAGCAGGUUUAAGUGAUAAAGAUGCUCACGAGGCACUCAACAAGGCGCUGCUGAAAGAAAAAGGUUAUGAGGAUGUGUCUCUGGGUCUGUUGGUUAUAAUCCUGACGGAGCCCCACAAUGCGGCCAAGGCGUAUAGGGAUCUUACGUUGAUUACCCGUGACGGGUUUGGACUCAUAGUUAACCAUUUAUCGCAGUUAGUGCUGGACAGGUAUUUAAAAUUCAACGAUGUGGUCAAGCAACAACUUCUGUGGCUUAUCAGGGAGAUGAUAAAGAAUUCUGUUAGCAAUGUAGACAAUUUAGUAUGGAACCUGAUGAGACAUGCCGCCGGCGGCGAUGUAUCCCCAAGAAAUAUUACGCUUAUCGAAAGUUUGCUGGACGUUUUUCUAGAAUACAAAAGCUGGUUAGAGAAAUUUCCACUUUUAAUAGCAUCUGUUGUGUACACAUAUUUGAGGUUAAUAGAAGAUCACAAUGCGCCUUAUCUAGCCAGUUUGAGACAGAAAGAAGUGAACUUUUUAAUAAGCAUGUUGCGAGAACACUUCCAUGAGUGCUUAGUUAUAGGAAGGGACUUGGUACGGCUUUUACAGAAUGUAGCACGGAUCCCAGAGUUCGAACAACUUUGGAAGGAUAUUCUACUGUCACCAAAGAGUUUAUGCCCUACUUUCACAGGCAUCCUACAACUUCUACAAAAUAGAACUUCCAGAAGAUUCCUCCAGUCUAGGUUAACGCCGGAAAUGGAGAGGAAACUUGUCUUCUUAACCUCCCAAGUAAGGUUUGGUAACCACAAAAGAUACCAAGACUGGUUUCAGCGGCAGUACUUAGCAACACCUGAAUCCCAGAGUCUGAGAUGUGAUAUAAUACGCUUUAUUGUAGGUGUAAUUCAUCCCACUAACGAACUGCUUUGUUCAGAUAUCAUUCCUCGCUGGGCGGUGAUCGGGUGGCUUCUAACCACUUGUACAUCCAGUGUGGCUGUAUCAAAUGCAAAGCUUGCAUUAUUUUAUGAUUGGCUAUUUUUUGACAGCGAGAAAGACAACAUCAUGAACAUUGAACCAGCCAUUUUAGUCAUGCACCAUUCAAUGAGAUCACAUCCUGUUGUUUCCGCUACUCUUCUGGAUUUUCUUUGUAGAAUCAUACCUCAUUUUUAUCCUCCUUUGACGGAAAAAGUGAGGAAUGGAAUUUUUACAUCUCUCAGGCAAAUUUUAGACAAACGAGUGUUACCGUCAUUGUUACCUCUCUUUGAUAACUCGAAAUUAGAUAGGGAAUUGAGGAACAUGGUCAGGGAGACUUUCAAGGAGUUUUGCAACUCCACACCUUUGGAAUCAUCUUCGAAAGAUGACUUUAAUGCACCUCAUACCCCUAAGUAUGAAGAAGAGGCUGUGCCGACGUUGAAUAAUCACAUAUUGGACAAUGAGCCAGCAUUCAGUGAUGAUGAAGAAGAGACAAGUUUGAUGAUAAAUGCUAACCUGGAAGAUGAUACAGAUGAUGAUGACAUUCCAUUGUCUAAGGUGCGGUUAAAAGAGAAAAGCGACAAAUCCGACGACAGCUUCAUAGAAGGACCGGUAGGAGAGCUCCUGCAGAAGCUGCAACAAGAGACUGAUCCCGAGGAGCGGUGCGAUCUUAUGGAGAAAAUGAUUGACCAACUAGUCGAGCUGGACGAUGAUGACGACCUCCUUCCAGCGAUAGCGAAAACUUUCGUUAACUGCGUCAAGGACGACGUGAAAGGUGAAAUUUUCCCCGACGUGAUGACUCAGGAAAAUCUCAUGGACAGUAUUAGAUCACCAUUGUUUGUUCUGUUCAAAACUCUUUACAAUUUCAACAAAGACGAACCCGGCAAAGACGUAUUGUAUCAGCUCAUCGCUGAGAUGCACAACGAUUUGCCCAGUCUAGGUUAUCUAAUACUGUACUUUCUGAAAGUGCAAAUAAGGACAGAGAACAAAAAAGAGGAUCACACGAAAGCGAGUGCGCUAAAGAUCAGUGUGUACAAAGAGUUUUGUCAGAGCAUCGACAAGAAGAUCGACCUGUGCAUCUAUGAUGACCUGUACGGGUGUCAUAUGACUGAUACCAAGCUGAUGAUGUGGAUCGUUCCUGACAUCUAUAGGGACUUCAAGCAACAGACGCUCAACAAUGCUCAAGUGCUCAGGGUGAUUCUCUCGGCGAUCGACUCCAGGCAGUUGCAGACGCUAGUUGAUAAGGUUCUGCAAGGGCACCUGGUGAUGUUCAAGGCAGAAAGCCUGACCAGCCUGUUGAAAACCAGCCUGACGUGGGAGAGCAUCGAGCAGUUCUUCCUGUGGCAGCUGGUGAACGCGCACGACAUCUCCAUCGACACGGUACUACCCCUAGUCACCGAGCUGGAUUACGAGCAACACCCCGAGGCACUCAUGGCGAUCACGCUGAUGUUGAAGCAGGAGAAACCGAACGCGGACUACGUCAAGUGCCUAUUCUCCAGGGAUAUUUGCGAGAAUGGGGACUUGUUCGUAUUUACCAUGAUCAAGUAUUGGUGUGACGAGUAUAUCGAUAAAGUGGCCGAGCUUAUUUCGUCGCUACUUAGUACUAGGUAUCCUUCAACGUCACCGAACAAACGGAAAAGACCGGCAGGUGGAAGUAAGACUCUUAGUACUACAGUGCCAAGUGCUGACCAAGUCCUUGGGCACUUAGAAAAGCUUCGAAUAAUUUGUGAGAAGCACGACUGUAUGGCCAUCUAUACGCUUGACUCGAUGCAGCGGGCGCUUAAUAUCGCACAGAACAAUAGUACGGACAGCCAGCGGAAGCAGUUCAGCGAAUUGUUCGCCCUGAUGGAGGAAGAAGAGGAGGUGAGCAGUUCGACCAAACAGCGUACUCAAGGUAGAGGGAGGAAACCGGCGGCCGCGAACAAGGCCGCUGCGGCUGCAGCGGCUGCUCAAGCUGCUGCACAAGCUGCCAGUGCGACCACCAAGAGGCAGGCGGCGGCCAAGGACAGGGAUAGGGAAGUCGUAUCGGAUACCUCAGAGGACAGUAGUGAGGAGGAGGAAAUCGUGAAACCAAAGCAAGCGAAGAAACGGAAAAAAGUGAUGUCGGACAGCGAUUGACGGACGAACCGGAUGUCAAUGACCAACAGCAGCAAGCUAAGCAGCAGUGACUUUCACGAAGAUGAAGUAGAAAAAGAAGCAGGAAGUGAAGAUGGAAAAAUGGUGGCACAGCAGCAUAUCAGCAUCAGAGCAUGGCUGUUUAGACAGGCACAAGAUAGAACGAAAGGAUAAUCUGGAGUUGGACGCGAUGUUGAACAGAUUGAGAAAAGGAGAAAUCAAAAUGAGAUAUGUUCCUCUGUAGGUCGACGCAACGUAAUCGUAAUGCGUUUUUUCAUUCAUAAAAAAAGUGGGGGAAAACUAAUAUAGUGCAAUUUUCUAGUCGUCAUAUUGGAGAUGAAAGGAAUUGGGGCCAGUUUCAGGAGCAUUGUAAUUGGAUGUUUUAAAUUGAUGCAGCAGAGAUCGUCUUGCUAAUUCGUGAUUUACAGUAAGUGGUAGGGAUGCACACGGUUUGUACCCGGUACUCGGCAAGAAUUAAUUUACCCGGACUUGUAAAAAGAAUUAUGCAUGUGAUUCAAGUAUCGGUUAUUUAUUUUUAUUUACAGUCUAUAUUAUUAAAACAGAUAGUCAUCUUCAAUUUUAUUUUAUGCUUAUGCGCUAUAAAAUUACGAGUAUUAAUUAAUACAGAAUGGGGAAAAUACACGGCAAAUACAACAUUUCUAUUCAGGGCGUCACAAAAGUAUGGACACAUCCAAAUAUCUCGGAAACUAAGGGUGUUAGAAAAACUAGCGAUGACCUUGAAUUUGACGUUGAUUUCACAUUCAAGGUCGUUUCAUUGCAAAAAAAAAGAAAGACAAAAAAUACCUUUUUAACAGUGUAAAUAUCAUUACCUACGCUAAAAUUACACCUAGAGGUUAUUUCAAGGUCAAUUGUUGAUCUUUCGUGGACUGUUGCGAAGCAGUGGAUAGCUGGAAAAGAGGAAUAUUAAAGCACGACUUUCAAAGCGAAACAUGCUGGACAUCCAACUGCAAAUCAUUCUAAACUUUGCUAUGACCUUGGAGGUCAAUUCCGGGUCAGAUUGAUUUGUUCAUAUGGAAAUCUGCAAUUUUGAUCCCGGCGCUGAACAUGGAGAAAAAUCUCAGGUUCAAAGGUUCAAUUAACGGAGGUAAGUCACAUCAAUUUUCAGCGCUGGGAUCACAAUUGAGGGUUUUCAUGUGAGAUCAAUUGAACCUUGAAAUUACCUUCAAGCUCAGGAUGUAGGUCACCCUCAAUUUUCGCAUUAAAAGUUAUCAACAGUCCAUGAAAGAGCAAAAGUUGACCUUAAAAUAACCUCUAGAUACAAUUUUAUGGUCUAUCUUAUUUAUACCGUUGAAAAGGAAUUUUUUUCUGGCUUUCUAUUUUUGCAAUAAAAAAUUCAAGCCAUUUGGUUUCCUAAAAAAUUUUGAAUUCAAAGUUUUUUCUAUCCCCUCUAGUUUCCGAUAUAUUUGGGUGUGUUCAUAUUUUUGGGACAUUCUGUAUGUUCGAGGCAUUUAUUGCAUACAAAAAUUUAUCAUCAUCAUCACGUAAUCAUCUAAUUCUGGUACUGCACAUCGAGAAAAUCGUAGAAAAGCUUCACAUCACAUUUAAUCAUACGAUAUCAAAGGGUAGUUAUACAGGGUGUCCCAUUUUAAUCUCGCCAUCAUCCUAGAAAAAAGUUUUAAACACAAGUUAUCCGGUUUCGAGGGGGCAAGAUUACGGUGACAUUGAUCCCGACCUUCAAGGUCAUUUUAACGUCGAGCGAAUAUUUCCAAAUGGAACUCCCCUUUUUUUUAUAACGGAAUUGGAAAAAGGGAGUAAUUUUACGUCCGUCUGUGACUUUCACUACAAUCAUCACCAUGACCUUCAAGGUCAAAUCAAGACAAUUUUCCUUGGCAAAAAUGUAAGUCAUUAUCCUCGUUAACCAGCUUCAACACUUUAUCCGUCGUUGGUGAUUCAUUACGAAAGAAAAAAUCGUGUACAAUUCUUUUUAUGGCGGUUGUCAUCUAUGGCAUCGCUGUUUUUUUUUCUUGGCGGAUUCUUAUUCCUGUCGACCAGUGAAUGGUUAGAUCUGUACUCCCGAACAAUUCGGUAAACACUUGCACGACUAACUCCCGAAAUACUUGCAACUUUGCAAACAAUAUCCUGAACACUUGAGUCACUCGUUCCUUGCAUUUCGUGUUUAUAAAUGUUGAGAAUUAUUUGUUUUUCGCAAACGCUAAAAUGAAGCCUUUUAGCCCUUUUAUCAGGCGGCUUGCAGCUAAUAUCAACAACUUCAUCAGCUGUAUCUGUAUCAGACAUUUUGAGUUCUACGAAAUUAAACUGACAUCUAAUAAGUACACAGUAAUACCAGUAUAAAUCUGAUGCCAUUUCUGUACUGUAUAAAUAUAUAUAGCAUUAACGGCCGGUUUGCCAUUGGUUCUGUGUAAGGGCUCGACCUAUUCUGUCCAAUAACAGUUAUGCUCCUUCUGUGUUCAAAUCAGUGUGCUGAUCACGCGAUGAGCACUGUUUUGGUUUAGUCUCUUUCUUCGAUACAUACAUAAUACAUAGAAUUCAUUUUUUUGGCUUAUUUUUGGUUUUAGCUCUUUUUCGGUAAAAAAUCAAAAACUAUCUGAAAUGUUUUGAAAAAUCGUGGAAAAUGACGUCUUUGGUAUUUAGGUAAAUGUCUCAUUUCAGUAGAAACACCGUAGAAUGGGUAGGUUCGGCAACAUUGGGUACGACGCGCAUCGGCUUGCCGCCAGUUGGCCAGUUGUUGUUCAGUUGCUUUUUGGAACGCGGGCGUCGGGUGGCGCGUCUCUCGCUCUGUCGCGUAGUUCUGUUUCUCGAAAAAAAAAGGACAAUUCUUAUUGUGCUUAUUAAAUGUGGUGUAGUGCUUUUUGAUUGUGUUGUGCAGUGCCAGUUCACAUGGAUUACGACGACAGAUAAAAUUUUGAGCACAUUUGAAGGUAGUACGAAACUCGAGGUUUGGCAACUUUACAAUUCACCUCUUCUAAUUAUAUGGAGGCAAGUCAUAACUUAAUACAAAUAUCAAUAAUUUUCUAUAAAAAGGAAGUUUUUUUAAAAUGCUAGUCACAGAAAUCUGCAUCUAUGAGGAAUUCCAGAAACGGCGCAUUCUGUAUUCUGAUCAUUGUUUAUCAUGAAUCGUUUUAAAUUUCUCUGUCAAAUGUGAUUUUGGAAUUUAUUUAGGUAAAUAAUUUUGAACGAAUACGAUUCGGACGAAAACGCAUCUAUUGGGCGACUUUGAAAAUGGCGGUGGGUAAUGUUGACAUUUUUUUUGUGGACAACUUAAAAACAAAACAUUAUGCAAAAAAUAUCUGGCAACCUUUACGUUUCAAUAUUGGCUCUAAGCUCCUCUAACGCCGGCUUGUUGGCAUAGACCAAUAAUUUAAUGUAGCCCCACAAAGAAGUCUAGAGGUGUUAAAUCACACUAUGUAGGUGGCCAUUCGACAGGACCGGUGUGGCUUGUGUUGAAACCACAUAUCAUUAAUGUCUAGCCCAUCCAAUUGAUCAAAAAAUAACGUUGUAACAUUUCUCUGUAGCGAUCUCUGUUGACUGUGACAAGACGGUCUUUUUCAUCAAAGAAAAAAAAAAACGGCCCACUGUCACCACCGGCAUGAAAACUACAGGAUACAGUUAUUUUUUGUGGAUGAAGUGGUGUUUCUUGAAGCUCACGAGGGUUUACACCUGACCAAUAACGCAUAUUCUGUUUGGUGACGAAGCCGUUUAUCCAAAAAUGCGCUCAUCACUGAAGAUGAUUUGGCGAUGAAAUUCGUCAUUUUCUUGCAACAUUUCUAGAGCCCAAUUCGAGAACGUACGUCGGUUCAUAUGAUCGAACGGUUUUAGUUUUUGAGUUAACUUGAUCUUAUAAGGGUGCAGGCCAAGAUCUCUUCGCAAAAUUCGUCACUGAGCGAUGCCCAAUGGCACCAGAACAUCCAGCAGCGAAUAUGUGGACGCAAUUUUUUUUACUAGACUAUGCAUUGCUUAUCUACUGGGACGAGAAGUACGACCAAAAAUUGGCGUUAACGCUCUUCAUGUUGCAGUCGCCGACUCGGAAUUUCGGUAGUAAAUUUUAAUCAUUUGUAAGCGUUGUUCGUUCGUGUACUUACACCAUGAUGAAAAUGUUUUCUUUACUGAAUGUUUUAACAUUGACGGUUCGGUAAUUGAUUAAAAGGUGCGUUCACAGUGAAAAUUUGAGGUUGUCAAGUCCUUAUUGGAAAAGUCCAAAAGCUUUAUAGCAUACAUACAAAAAAUUGAAAGUGCAAUAGAAAUUUUAGACAUCAGUGUUUGCAACUAAAUUUGAAGGCUCUCUGGGGCGUUGUUUGGCAACAACAAAAUAUCUAACCUGCAAUUUGGCGAUGAAAAAAAUAUUGACAUUUGUAUCUGCAGGCAAUCAAAGUCUAUCUACAUAAGAUGAUUAUGUCGUGAUACAUGAGAUUCAAAACUAUCACUGUAAUUGUGUGAAUAUGCAUGUUUUUUGGUUUUGAUCAAGAGUAAGUAAUUCAUCGUCUUUUGUAUAAUUUUAAAUGUCGAUAUUGAAACAUGUAUUAUGAUUAGGUUGCGUCAAUCUAUGUAGUGAAAUAUCCACCGAUGCAAGAAAAGCAGAUGAAACACUGCCCAGCAAAACCAGUAGUACAGGCAAUAAAUGUCUUGAAUUACAAAAAAUAUACAGGGUGUGACAGAACGUGUCAAGAAUAUUGAAGCUUUGGAGAUGCUUCGUUUCCGUAAAACUGUAUCAUCUUUGAUCGCCUUGCAUUUCUAGACUACAGAUUGAGAUCAGUGAUAGUUUACACAUGGGUUUCAUUAACAGAACUGUUCUGUAAUGUAACUUACAACUUGCUGUCUUGUCGAGAAGCCUCUUAUGCUUAGCGAGAAAAAAAACGCUACUUGUUCCAAUAAGCGUCUUGAAGCCAAAUUGAUUGAAAUUUUUCGGUCAAACCUUCAGACGCGCCGUUAUCGAAAUGAAAAUUAUUUUACCAACUGGCGCGUUAAUCUGUUCAGCAUUAUUGAAAAAGGUAAUGAGCUGACCCUUCUUUUUUUUUUUUAGCGAACAUAAAAUAAAUUGCAAAGAAGUUUUGAGAAAAUGUCGCUUUUUUUUGCAAGUCAGUUGCAUGUAAUUUCUUCAAAGACGAACAGGCUUAGUUAUCCAAUGUCAUGGAAUCAGAUGCUUGCUUAUAUGACCUUUUCCAUAUUUCCACGUGUUGAAUCGGCCUUUGAAUUUUCCUGACAACAUGCUGUCACACCCUGUAUAUAUCCCGCAAAAUAUCGCAUAAUUGUCGUUUCAAAACUUGACUUUUACAUAAGCUGUGAUUUGAUUCAAUCUUAUUUAGAAUAAGAAGCAUUAUGUGCCCAUUUCUUUACAAAUUUUCGUAGAAUUACCUUGAGGUUCGAUGAGCUUUAAAUAGUUUACCAGAGGUAAUUGUGUUAUGCGUAAAUAAGAUUUUUGCUUGUUCCAAAGUAAUGUUUGAAUAUCCAAGUUUUCUUGCAAUUUUCUAAGUUAACGAUUUGCUUAUCUACAUUUGAAGUAAAUCGCAUGCAUUUCUUUAACGUGAUCAUCAUGAAAAAAGCGAAACGUCGGCCGGCAACUUUUUACUGCUUUUUUAUAUUUGCUCUCCCUCUCCAUCGGUAUUUUUUGUCUUAAUUUUGUAUAUCUUAUUCGAUUUUUUAGCGAUUCAAUUCUAUUAUAUCUAAACUGUUGCCUAUAUUUGAUUGUUAAAUAUUUUACACGUAAUAUUGAGGCAAAGUAUUUAUAUGCGGGUUACAAAGAACAAGAAUAAAGAAAUCAUGUGUAAAGCUGCAUAAAAGUUUCUACAAGGUGUUGCGAUUUAAGGGUAGAUGGCAUGUAAAAAUAUGAAAGAUGGUUGGGCUAUAUACGAGCUACAGCGCCAUCUAGGAGUCACUAAUCUCUUCAAAGUAGAUCUGUGAUUAUCGCGGAAAGAAGAAACAUAGCUCUGACAAAUUCUCAUAGAGAACGCAACCAUAUUUUCAGUUCAUCUCGGAGAAUGUUUAACUGACGCGCAAUAUGGUAUUAUGUGAGCUAUCUUCAGAUGGAAAUCGUUAAUCAAUUGUUGUGCAGACUUCAAAGUUUGCUGAUGUAAGGGCUCAGCAAAUUCUAAUGGAAAAUGUCAGCAUGACCAUCAAACAGUGGCGAAAAACGUGAAAUGGCAAUUUCGAUGCGAUAUUUUUUUCGGGUAGACACAGUUCGCGUACUUUCAGAGCAUAAGAAAAUUGUAGAUUGUAUUGUAAUUAAGAUGCCGUUUAAUUCAUUUAACCGUUCAUUGAUUGUAUAUUCUGUAUUUAUAUUUCCGUCUGUACAUAAUUGUUAUAUUGUUAGUGCACCCGUUUAUCAUAUAUAUUUUUUUCUAAUUUCAG